AUGGCCCAAACGACCCAGGACGACCUCCAAAUCCAGAACAAUGAACCAGGGGCCAUCCCUAAGCCAGAGAAUGACGAGGACCCAGUCAUUACGCACCUCGACCCUUCUUCGACUCAAUCUCUUUGUGGAACCGAGGAUGCCACUGUACUGCCGUUCACCUGCAAGGGAAGAAGAGAACCGGUCGAGCCCAACGGAGGGAACGGAAUUCCGAUACAAUGGCGGGGGCCCCGAAGAUCAAAACCACAGGAGGUGGCUCCGCCACGACUACCAGAUGUCCAGUCCAUGAGAGGCAUGAAGAGGGAUCUUCCCAUGGUAGCAACUGGACCGACCGUUCCGUCCGUGGUUUUCUGUCUACUUGGACCCAUGUUCCCCGGGGCGUUGGCGCACCCGGUCCCUUUCGAGAGCGGCGAUACUACCGAGUCGCGCACUUUGGCAGCUAGGAGCAUGCUAGAUAAAGUUUUCGGCAUGCUUAAUAUCAAUCUUCUGAUCCAGGUUCUCCUUUGCAUAGUGCUAGGAGCGUGGCUAGUCGUCAUACGUUGUACCCGGCAAGAGAACGCCGGCUUCUGGGCACUUUUGACUGCGUCUCUGACGCACGUCUUUUUCGUCCACGAUCCAAAGGCCAACGGGGUGGUUUGUUUGCUGUAA